AUGGAUCUGGAAGGCGGUAUGGGCACUUACAAACGGCCCUUUCACAUAUACCACUUCUGGGAGAUUAACUCCUUUGCUUACAUCAAUGGCCGGGUCUACACCAUCGACAAAUCGAGGCCUUGGGCCGAAGCCUUCAUUGUCGACUCGCAAGGAACUUCCGAGGCUGUUGGUACGAAUGAAGAGAUUGAAGCAACUGCUCUUCAAAGGAAGCUCGUCACUUAUAACCUCCGAAACAAGUUCAUCAUGCCCGGUAUUCACGACGCUCACACGCACCUUCUACAAGCUAGCAUGCAGCGCCUAAGCGAGAGUUCAAUCAGUUGCUGUGCAUGCGCCUACUCAAAUAUAUUUGGAGACUGGGUCGUUGGAAACUUCUACCAGGUGGCACAGUUCCCAGAUGGAAAUCCUGAUCGCAAGUACCUAGACGACCUGUACCCAAAUACGCCAGUCAUUGUGCGUGAAGUUCCUGUCCACCGCAUCUUGCUCAACUCUGAGGGGUUGAGAAGAUUGAGUCUCGACCGAAACGUCAAGGACCCCCCGGGAGGCUACUACAUACGCCGCGCUGAUGGAGAGUUGACUGGCGAAGUGGUGGAGACUGCUCAGGAAGCUGUCUGGAGAAGCCUUCCAAUACCGCCAUUGCGCUACGUCAAAGUAGCUUUGGAGCAUGCCAUCCGAGAGUGCCAUCGUUACGGCAUUACCUCUGUGCAGGAAGCAACGGCUACUACCGCUUACUUGCAUGCUGUUAAGGAAUUGGAGCAAGAAAACGGCCUUCAUCUGGACAUAAGCACGCACAUCGUUGCUGGCCAGGGUAUUGGACCCGAUUCCAAAGAAACGUUGUCUGCUCUUAUUGAUAUCGCGGAGGCAUUCAGUAGCAAGCAUGUGCGAACAAACUUUAUCAAGCUUUUCCUCGAUGGCGCACCGCUUCCGCCAGAAUUCACCCAAUGCGAUCUUGAUGAGGGUAGAAAUGCCAACAGCAAGAUUCUCCUGGGGUUUUCUGAGCUCCAGGAACUGCUUGUCAAGUACGACUCGAAGGGCAUGACGUGUAAAAUCCACGUCGCGGGCGAAGGAAGCGUGCGAAGAGCUUUGGACGUUUACACUGAAGUGAGAAAAAGAAACCCGAAUGGGCCAAAACACGAAAUCGCUCACUGCAAUGCAAUACACCCAGAUGACAUCCAACGUAUUAAGAGGCUGGAUUUGACAGCAGAGAUGUCUCCAGCUAUGUUCCACAAUGACAUUUUUCAACAGCUACCCCACCUAUUCAAGUGGCCUUUCAAUGACGUCCUUGCUAGCGGUGCCAGGAUGACAUUUGGGUCUGAUUGGAUCUUGACUCCGACCCCGAGUCUGUUCGACUCACUCGCUCAUAUCGUAGAAACCAUCAAGGAGCCCGAUAUUGAGAAUCAUGUCAACAAGACUGAUAAGCAAAUUGGCGGGGAGCUAAUUUGUCGCGCUAUCACACUAGGAGGCGCUACCGCUGUCGGUCUUGAUCGUGUCGCAGGAAGCAUUGAGGUCGGAAAGAAGGCCAAUUUCAUUUCUGUGGAUCGAGAUCUGAAUGUUGGGGAAUUCGCGGGUGCAGAGGUUCUGACAACCUGUUUUGAGGGUAAAACUGUCUUUGAUUUUAAGAAGUAA